AAGUGGUCCUUAUAAGGCUCUUGGAUGAGCUUUUCAGUUGCAGCCAUGGCUUUCCAUUGUUAUGAGAUGUUGGUGCUGGUGUUUUUGAUAGUGAACAUGAGCUUUUAUGGAAGUGUAGAUGGUGAGAAAAACGCUUUAGGAGCCUCUUUCAUCUUUGGAGAUUCAUUGGUGGAUGCUGGAAACAAUAACUAUCUCUCAACUCUUUCUAAGGCAAACAUCCCUCCCAAUGGAAUUGAUUUCAAGGCCUCUGGGGGAAACCCCACUGGCCGCUACACCAAUGGAAGAACCAUUGGUGACAUAGUUGGAGAGGAAUUGGGACAACCAAAUUAUGCUGUGCCAUUUUUAGCACCAAAUGCAACAGGGAAAACCAUUCUGAGUGGAGUGAACUAUGCUUCGGGAGGGGGAGGGAUAAUGAAUGCCACCGGAAGAAUAUUUGUGAAUAGAAUAGGAAUGGAUGUUCAAAUAGAUUACUUCAGCAUAACAAGAAAACAAAUUGACAAACUGCUGGGUGAAUCAAAAGCAAAAGAGUACAUAAUGAAGAAAUCCAUUUUCUCAAUCACCGUUGGGGCCAAUGAUUUCCUGAACAAUUACCUUCUCCCGGUCCUCUCCAUUGGAGCCAGAAUUUCUCAAAGUCCAGAUUCUUUCAUAGAUGACAUGAUUACUCAUUUCAAGGCCCAACUCACGAGACUAUACGAAAUGGAUGGUCGAAAGUUCGUGAUAGGAAACGUUGGGCCGAUAGGGUGCAUACCUUACCAGAAGACCAUAAAUCAGCUGAACGAAGACGAGUGUGUGGAUUUGGCCAACAAACUGGCGCUUCAGUACAAUGCUCGAUUGAAGGAUUUGGUUGCUGAGCUAAACGACAACCUACCCGGUGCCACCUUCGUUCUUGCCAAUGUCUACGAUUUAGUCUCCGAACUCAUAAAAAAUUAUAAGAAAUACGGGUUCAGUACAGCAAGUAGAGCUUGCUGCGGCAAUGGGGGCCAAUUCGCAGGGAUAAUUCCAUGUGGGCCUACUUCGAGUAUGUGCAGUGAUAGGUACAAGCACGUGUUCUGGGAUCCUUAUCAUCCAAGCGAAGCUGCAAACCUAAUUCUCGCUAAGCAGCUACUUGACGGAGACAACAGAUACAUAUCUCCUGUCAAUCUUAGGCAGCUCAGGGAUCUUUGAUCUUUCAUCUUCUUUUAUUCUUCGCUUCUUUUUCUCUACCGCUACACAACACUUUUUCUUCUGCCUCCAUUAUUCACUCACUGCAAUUCACAUAAACGUAAUUUACGACCGUCAUUUCUCCUU